UCUCGCGAUAAAUUUAUCGUAAGAACCAGGCGAGGAAGCUCGGAUGGUAGUGCGUCAUGUCGGGGCACAUCAUCCGGGUAGUUUCCUAUUCAAGAUGGUGCGGCCUAUAGUUAAUAUUUCUUCAGUAAGCCACCUCUCGUGUUUCGGCCGCCUUUACACUUCACUGUAAAAGUCAUGACUAGCUACCGACAUUGUCCAUCUGUACAGAUAGUUUCGAAAUCUGCUGUCAUAUGUGUAUUAAUGUGAUAAGACAUGAUAUAGCAUAUUGACAUGAACAUAAUUCGCUUAUCUUAUAACUAACUGCUGUCAGCUAGUCAUUGCUAUCUGUUUUAAAAUUAAUCGUUUUAUAUGUUGGACACCAAGUUGUAUUAUUUGUCAACCGGACCAUUACUGUUUCAGCACCGGAAUAAAUACGGAGAAUCUGUCCUCCUUUUCUAGAUUCAACAAUGGAAGGUUUAAAGCUGUGUGAGCAAGAACAGAGAUAUUACGGUGAACUUUUCCAGAACUGCGAUGUCGAAGGGUCUGGAAGAGUAACCGGCUCCAAAGCAUUGGAUUUGUUUAGGUUGUCAGGACUUAACCAAGAAGUUCUCCAACAGAUUUCUGAGCUUUGUGGAGCUAAAAGAUUAGGUCACUUUGGUCGAAGUCAGUUUUAUAUUGCUUUGAAACUGAUUGCUGCUGUUCAGUGUGGUCUUCCAGCCAAAUUAGAUAGCCUCAACCUGGCAAUGGAGGUUUCUUUACCAAAAUUUCAUCGGGCAAAUGGACAUGAAAAAUGGAAAAACCAGGCCAGCCCAACUAUUUCUAGUAAUGUGAUAUCUGGGGAGUCUGAUGCCACUCCUAUUCAAGAUGGUGUAUGUCCUGUAAACACCAGCAGUGGCAACCAAGUAACUUCCUCUCGCACAACCUCACAGCCAGCUCUUUCUCAGCCUACAGGACAGUUACCUCCACCUCCAGCAACUAAGAAGUCCCAUAUACGCAAUCUCUCUGGCCAAUACCGCAGUUUAACUGAUAAUCCUUCACAGUAUUCACAGUUGGAUCAGAAAAUUUUUUUUCUGAAAAAUAGAAAAAAUGCUCCCCGACGACCAACGAGUUUGGGUUACCCCUUGAAGAGCCGAGAUGAGUCUCCUCUUGAUAGUAAAUCACCUCCAUUUUCCCCAAAACAGUCUCCACCUACAUCUCCUACCAACAGAGUGAAAUUAGGCAACAUCGGCAAGCAACAAACGGCUCCGGCGUCUGUUAAUACCAGCAUGACUACAUCAGGGACCAAUGUAGCAGCAAAUGCAGGGUCUGUUGGACAGGUGACACCAGUAGCUACAGUCUAUCCAGCAAUGCCUUCCCAGUUUGUAAGCCCUGCAACUACAACACCUGUAACAAACACAACUGGCAAUGUAGUUCCAGGGACAGUAGGUAGCGGAAGUGGUUUGCCUGGCCUUGUCACUGCUGCUGUUGCUCCAUCACCAUCCGCGUAUACUAACUCGGUGCAUGAUGUCUCAGGUUGGGCGUCUUUUGAAGACGAAGAAAGUAAAGGUCUAUUAGACACUGGAGCCACUGGAGCCAAAAUGUCUUGGGAAAAUAUAGAAAGUCAAGGUGUUGAUUCAUCAUCUAUUAGUUCUGAAAAUGAAAGUAUUGAUGAUGUGUGGACUAUAUCAAAAGAACAGAGAGAAUACUAUCUGAAGCAAUUCAAAACAAUGCAACCCGAAGAAAAUGGUGUAAUAAUAGGAAGUAUCGCUAAAGAAUUUUUUGAAAAAUCCAAGUUGCCUGUUCAUGAACUGUCAAAAAUUUGGCAACUUUCUGAUUUAAACCGAGAUGGUGCACUCUCAUUAGAUGAAUUCUGCAUUGCUAUGCACCUAGUAGUGUUACGCCGCAAUGAAAUCGAGUUACCUGAUCACUUACCUGUUUCACUGAUGCCCUAUUCUACACUGACCAACGGUAAAAAUGAGCCAUUUGCUGCUGAUCUACCCCCUGGAAGCACUUUGAAAAGAUUAACACCUACAACACCACCUAGCAAUCAGUGGACACGAACAACUUUUCCUGUUGAAUCCCCUACUUCCAGUGGUUUAUCAUCUCCAGCUCCUAAGCCAGUCAAUUUUGAAUUCUCUAAGCCAGUAGCUACUGACCCUGAUUCCAAGAUAAUCCAUCCGGUUGCACUUCGAAUGUCUCCUGAUGGCCACCCCAUUCCCCCAGAAAUUACUGAUAGAAACAACUGGACAGCUGCAGGCACAGCAACAGGUGUUUAUCAUUUAAAUCCUUAUCUAAAGCGGUAUUGGGCUACUUUUGGGAUGUACAGAGCCUCAAAGUCAUUCCAAGGAAUCCAACAAUUAACAGAUCUGGCUACUGGUUGUUGUAACAGUGCACCAGUUGUCUGUGGUGACCAGCACGAUGCAUCUUCGCUGACAACCAGUCCAUCGUCCAAACAACCAUCACGAAUGUCGUACAGCGUUGAACCCACAUCGCUUAAUGACUUGUCUGCUGCUAUCCCAACUGACCACUCCUCACCCAUGUCUCCCAAAUCAGUCCUCCCAUCAGUCAGCACUUCCUUGCACGGCCGCCCCAGACCAGUGGCAACCAAGAAAACUGCCCCAGUUGCUGGACCUGGGCACCUCCAACCUCCUCCAGCCCCUUGUACUGGAGGUGGGGACCAGAUGACCAACACUGGUAGCUCUGACAAAGGGCCGGCAGGGACCACGGCCUCCAUCAGCGUGACAGCCACAACUACAACCACAGUCCAGCAGACUGUGACCCCUGAAAGUCCAGCCACUACAGGGGGGCAGUUUGGACCUCCAAGACUUCCCCCUCGGCCAAUCCAGUCACAUGGACGGAGCAUUUCUGUCGACUUAAAAAUGAAAGGUGAUGUGGGCACUUCAGUAUUGUUACCACCUCCUGCAGUGCCACCUCGGACAUCUCCUAAAGAUGUCUCUAGGCAAAGCAGGGAUAUCUUACUUGGAUUUGGAGGUAUGCAGUCAGAAAAGAUUUUCCGAUUUACUGAUUUCUCUUCUCAAGAUCUCGAUUCUGUUGACCAUUCUGAGGACUCUACCUCAGUUACACCAGCCAUUAAAUUACAGGCUCCCAUGGUGGAGAAGCACCGUCGGUGUGCUUCUCUUGAUAUACGUCAAAUUGGGGGUUUGCCUCCUAUUACAACUCAAACAGAUACAGAUAAUGUUGAUAGUUCAAUUGUCAGUAGUACUUCAGUUUCAAAGGUGCUUCCAGAACCUGAAGAAGAAGUUAUGAGUAGUGAUCGGCAAAAGUCUUCUUACUAUGGCAGGCAACCAAGUCGGGAUAAACGAGAGCUCCAAAUGGCAAUUAGUACCCAUAAAGAAAGGAAUGCCAUGCUAGAACGUGUUAAUAGCGAACUGAACCAGGAACUCCAGGAGGUGAUGGAACAGCGGAUUGCGCUGGAAAUCCAACUGGAGCACCUGAGGCCCUACCACAGCUGACUAGUAUACAGCUACUGAACCAGCAGCCCUUGGCAUUAAUAAAGCCAUUUCCAAAAGAAAAAGAAAAAAGACAGCAACCACAUCAGGGAAAUUACCGAGAAUGGGGCAGAUGGCUCGGAAGCCCAAGAUGAUAACCCCACUCAGCAAAGGAAGGACCUAAGGACUGAGAAUUCUUGUUUUAAAAUAAUCUUCUCAUUAUAUCAGUAAAUUAAUGGUUGGCAGUAAGUUACUUGAAGCAGAAUUACUAAAACAUUGUGUCUGUUAGCAGUAACAGCAGCGACUGCCUGUAGUCAGGUCUGAUCUCCUUAUUUGCUGGUGGACAUGGUUGAUAACUAUUGGAUUAUAACUACCAUGAAAACACUUGCUUCUUCUCACUAUUUUUUUUCUGUAUUGCAUUUAAACAAAUUUAACUUAAGUAGCAAAAUAUUAUCGAACACACACACACACACACACACACACACACACACACACACACACACACUUAUACAAGCAUCAAAAGAAAUGAUAUAUGGAACAGAUAUUGUAAACUUGAUUAAUUUCAAUCAGGUUUUGUUUCUGCCUCUGAAUAUCUCCUCUCUUUCUCUCUUGACUGUCAUUAGACUUGAUAGAGAUUGAAUCUUUAACUGGUGUCAUAGAGGUUGGUUCUACUGUUACAAAUGUGCUGCUAUUUAUGGCUAGUAAAGAACUGCCUAUUUGCACCGCCUAUAUCCUUCUAUAUAUAUAUAUAUAUAUAUAUAUAUAUAUAUAUAUAUAUAUAUAUAUAUAUAUAUAUAUAUAUGCACACACACACACACACACAUACAUACAUAGAAAUAUACAUACAGUUUUUUUUUGUAAUUAUUUUAAAUAAACCUCUGCUGCCUCAUUGCUUCAUCAGUCAGAAGCAUAUCCAAUAUUUGAGCAACUAAAAGAAAAAGAAAACUAAACAAAAAGGUGAAGAAGAUGAGUCAAAGGACUGUGAUUGUAUCAUGUUGCGUUACAAACCAAUGUUAUAUAGUUUUGUCUGUCUAAAUGCGGGGUGAUGGGGUGGAGGAGGAGGAAGAGGACAGUUAUUUAGUAUUGAUAGAAUAUUCCUGUGUGUUUCUGUUAUAUAUAAUGAAAAAAAAAAACUGAUUCAACCAACAAAAGAAAGAAAGGAAAGUUAAAAUAGAACUGAUCCUUGUUCUAUUUAUUACCUUUUUUGUAUAUUGAAAUCUAGGAAUGAGUUUAGGAGAUUAAAAAAAGACCCCAGAAAAACAACUGUUCUGACACUUCAAUUAAGAUGUAUUCUUUCUUUCUCCCCACCCACUCUUUGUGUCUUAAAAAACCAUGUACUUUUUCUGCUUUCCAAUGUAAAUUUUGUUUUUAUCUACUGGUGGGGUGGGGGCGGGGGACUCAGACAAAUAUGUAUGUAAUUAACUUAAGUUUAUUGGCUUUUGAAGCUUGUACAUUUAUUUAGCUUUAAUUUUGUGUAUAUGUAUUGCUAAAUGUCAAUGUCUAUAAAAUAUUGUUUGAAGAUGAUAUGCAUA